AAGAGAGAAACGAGCAUGGGAGCAGCUGUGAUGGCUUCAGGAAUCGUGGUGAACAUGAAGAAGGAGGUAACAUGCCCCAUCUGCCUGGAGCUCCUAACAGAACCCAUGAGCCUGGACUGUGGGCACACAUUUUGCCAAGCCUGCAUCACUGCACACAACAGAGAGUCCAUGAUCUGCCAAAGAGAGAGCAGCUGCCCUGUGUGCAGGAGCACUUACCAGCCUGAGAACAUGCGUCCCAAUCGACAUGUGGCCAACAUUGUGGAGGCGCUUAGGGAGGUCAAGUUGAGCCCACAGGAGGAGCAAAAGACAGAUCUCUGUGUGCGCCAUGGGGAAAAACUCCGGCUCUUUUGCCAGGAGGAUGAGAAAAUCAUUUGCUGGCUUUGUGAGCGGUCUCAAGAGCACCGUGGUCACCACACCUUCCUCAUGGAGGAGAUUGCCCAGGAGUACAAGGAAAAGCUCCAGGCAGCUCUGGACAGGCUGAAGGCAGAGCAGCGGAAAGCUGAAAAAUUGGAUAAUGACCUUGAAGAAGAGGGAACUUCCAAGAAGGAUCAAAUAGAAAAUGAACUGAAAAGUUUCCAUAAUUACUUUAAACAACUGAGGGAUAUCUUCACCAGUGUGGAGCAAAAGGAGCUGCAAAGGCUGAAGAAGGAGGUGGCAGAGAAUCUCAAUGACCUGGCUCAGGCUGAGAGUGAGCUGGCCCAGCAGAGGAAUUUGCUGAGAGAUCUCAUCUCAGAUCUGGAGCAUCAGUUGCAGGGAUCAGCAGUAGAGUUGCUGCAGGAUGUGAAAGGCAUUAUGGAAAGGAGUAAGACCUUCACUCUGAAGAAGCCAAAAACUCUCCCCAUGAAGCAAAGGAGAAUGUUCCAAGCUCCUGACCUGAGAGGGGUGCUGGAAGCCUUUACUGAACUCACAGAUGUGCGACGCUACUGGGAACACGUGACCCUGGAUCCUCUCAUGAAUAAAUCAAACGUUCUCAUUUCUAUGUACCGGAAACAAGUGAGACCUGACCAUUUUUGGUUACUCAGAGGUGAUAAUAUGGAUUUUGGUGUCCUGGGAUCACCUUCUAUCACAUCAGGGAAGCAUUACUGGGAGGUGGAUGUGUCACAGAAACGAGCCUGGAUUAUGGGGGUAUAUGGAGAAAAUUACCCUGGCUCCAUUAAAAUGGAUUUUAUAAAUCUCGUUAACAAUAGUCAGCCUGUUUGCUCUAGAUUUCAACCUAAAUAUGGCUACUGGGUUAUAGGGCUACCGAACCAUUCUGAAUAUAAGGCUUUUGUGGAUUCUGCCUCUUCGGACUCCACGACAUUAACCCUGUACCUGAGUGUUCCUCCCUGUCGUGUUGGGGUUUUCCUAGACUAUGAUGCUGGCACUGUCUCAUUUUUUAAUGUCACUAACCAUGGGUUUCUCAUCUAUAAAUUCUCUUCAUGUUCCUUUUCUCAGAAAAUGUUUCCGUAUUUAAAUCCUAUGAAAUGCCCUGCCCCCAUGACACUGUGUUCUCCAGGUUCUUAAACC